CCCUCCCCAUGCAACAAAACCAACUCAUUCCGUUUCUCUAUUCAGUUCCACAAUGAUGUAUCUCAUUAUGUUGCUCGGACUUCUGAUAGUAGCAUACUUUAAUGGUUCUCAAGCUGAAAAUGCCUUCUCACAAUACUGGGAAGAGCAUAUCAGUAUUCCACACCCUCCACACUGGUUGGCUGCAAAAGCUUCUCCAUUGAGUUCCCAUCAAUCGGCAGUGUAUAUGAAACUUAUAGAGAAAAAUGAAUUGGCUUCUCACCUGCCUUCAUUCUGUAAACAGGCUAAUGUUGCUUGUUCUACAAAUGCACUGGUGAAGAAAACAAUGGAUUGCACAACCCUACCACCAAUAGCUCAGUGGAAUGAUGACAAACUGAAGUAUGAACUUGUUCCAAGUGAAACACCCCUUUCAAUUGCCAGUCAAGGAGGAUUACCAUAUUUUCGAGAAUCAAUGGUGAAAGAGGGAGGUUUCAUGCCUAUCCCUGAUCUAAGGGACCCAAUGUCAUAUAAAUCAUUCUUGCCUCGAUCUUUGGUAUCAAAAAUCCCAUUUUCCUUUGCUCAAAUUCAGGAUUUGAAGAAAAUUUUUGGUGUGAUGGAUGAAUCAAAAAUGGAUGAGUAUAUUCAAGAAACCCUCGAUGUAUGUGAGAGAAGUCCCUUUCGAGGUGAGCAAAGCACCUGUGUGACUUCCGCCGAGGAUCUCAUUGAUUUUAUUGUCAAUAAAUUAGGGCAUCAUGUUCAAGAAUGGAGUACUGAGAAUAUUGAAGGAUCUUAUGAGAAUGUCACAAUUGGAGCUGUGAAACUCAUCCAUGGAAACCUCUCCGAACCACCAGCCUUAUGUCAUAGUCUGCCAUUCCCAUUUCAAGUAUAUUAUUGCCAUGUUUUACAAAAAGUAAAAGUAUAUGCAGUUGAUAUACAUGCUCGGAAGAAAGAAAAAGAGAAUCAUGUGAUCAUGGCAUGUCACUAUAACACAUCAACUUGGAAUCCAAACCAUCUUGCUUUUAAGCUAUUGGGUUUUGGUCCAGGCCUAAUUGAAGUUUGUCAUUGGAUAAACGAGAAUGGAGUGGUUUGGACAAAAAAAACCUAGGUUGAGCAACAUUUAAAGAUUUGAUUAUCUUCCAGUUCUCUUGUUUAAUUGUGUUACAUGUCACUGCUUAUGCUAUUUGAAGAAUAAAUAAUGAUCUAUUUAGACUUGUUUAUUAU